UUCUGCAUUCUGCUGAGCAAAAUUUGAGUUCGAAUUUAGUCAUUUUGAAUUUUUAGUUCUUGUUCAUUAUUCGCGAAAAUCUGUGAUUUUUCUUCGAGACGGGAUUCUUCAUUUGUGCAAUCAUUGAAGUUUCUGUGCAAACCUAACUUGUUUUCAAGAUUUUGUUUAUAUUUUGUGUUAUAAAUACAAUAAAUAAAUGCCUUUUUUGUGUUAUUGUGAUUGUUUUUAAAAUAUCGAUCUGUUCAUUUGAGUGUCUAUUUUUUAUGGCGUAUAUUCACUGGAAUAUAAUGAUAUGAUCAUUAGACUUGAGAGAAAAAUUAUCACGAUUCGAAACCGGAAAUGGCAAUCAAAACAGAAAUAGGCGAACGAUCAAUGACAGAUAUAUUAGAGCAAGUAAUUGACGGCAACGAGGUAAUUUUCGAAUCUGCGGAUGGAGAAAAUUCCGAUGAUGCUGAAGUUGAUGAAAUCGUGGAGAUUAUUGAAGAAAUAGUCGAAGAGGAAGAAGUAGAGGAAAAUGGGGAAAAGGAGGAAGCGCAAAAUAAUCAAUCAUUUCCUCAAAAAUCAAUCGAGGAGGAGGAAGAAAUGAUGGAGGAGGAAUAUCUGGAGGAAUUUCAAGAUAUCGAAAAGAGAAAGAUGAUUUCCAGCAAGGAAAAACUCGAAGAGUAUAUAACUGAUAAUAUCAUUGAAAAAAGUCAGUCUGAAGACGCGAGAAAUCGAGUUGGGAAUGGAGUUUCUAACACAGAUCCUACCCAGAUUUUAGCUUAUCAUGUGGAAGAAGACUGGGAGGAUGAGGAAUUGGAACAAGCUGUUCAGUCUCAAGAAUUAGCAAAUAACCAUGCCCAGGCAGGAAAUUCGAGAUCGGAAGUCGAAUACGAACAACAUUUAAGCAAUGUUGACAGUGAUAUUCAGCAUGAGAUUGUGAAAAAUUCAGAAAAUAAUUUAGUUUAUACCGUUCUUAACCCAAAGAAACCUUCCAGCUCAGCGAAAACGAACAAUGAAGCUAGAUAUACGGAUUCUCAAUACGUAAAGAUGGAGAGAAUCGAUGACGAGGGUGUUUAUUACGAAGGUGGUGACUUGGAUGCUUUGUACGUGAACAAUACAACAUCUGCUGAACCGCCUGUUGCUCACUACGAAUUUGCUGAUGUAUCGAUGGAGCACGCACAGCAGGAAUGGGAACCGGAAACUGAACCUGCACCUGAACCUCCACCGUCUGAGCAAGAAGGAAAUCCGGAUCAGAUUUUCCUGCACGAAGAUGAGGAUGGACAACUCUAUUUCAAGGAUGACAAUGGAAUACUCCAACCUGUUUAUUUAACCGAGGAUGGAAAUUAUGCCAUUGCCAGUGGGGAAGAACAGGAAACUCAGGGGCCUCCGCCACAGACAAUGGAAGAAGACAAACAACAAGCAGAGGAGGAGGAGGAGGAGGAGGAGGAAGAGGAAGAUAACUACAUUCCCCAAAUGGACUUUUCUCGACUUCUCAAGGGAAAAAAGAUGCCGAUAAUGCCGCCUCCGACUAAUCAAGAAAUGGAGGGCGAAGACAGCACCGUGACGAUUUCCCUGAUUAUUUCUGAGGACGAACAUGGACAGAAAAGGACUCAGGUCAUCAUACCAACGGCUGAUAAUACGAAAUGUGACAUUUGCAAUAAGACUUUUAAGACCUCCUUACAAUUAUUGAAGCACAAUAGGCUGAAGCACGCACGCGAGGAAGACAUCACUACAAGGAAUUUCCCUUGUGAUUUAUGUCCAAAGAGGUAUCCUGAUCAGAAUUCGCUGGCACGCCAUCGAAAGACACAUACCGGAAAUCGAUUCCAGUGCCUCGAGUGUCACAAGUCGUUCCAAAAUCCAAAUGUUUUACGACGCCAUUUAAGCCAGCACAAUCCAAAUUCGAAACCACUUCCCUGCAUUUAUUGCGGUCGACGAUUCUUGGACCAGGUGAAUCUCGACCGACACGAAUUGUCGCAUCGGGCUGCGGAAAAAACGAAUCAUCCCUGCGAUGUUUGCCACAAGGUCUUCAUGAACGCCUCCGACUUAAACCUCCACUUAAAGACUCACGACCCGGACAGAAAAUUCGAUUGUGAGGUGUGUGGUCGGGAAUUCAAUCGCUUAAACAAUUUGCAACGUCACAUGAUGGUGCACCAGCAAAAAGGAGAAAACGAGGAAGUUCUGGCCUGCGAUGUGUGCGGGAUAACGUACAAAUUUAUGAGUUCUUUGACGAGACACAUGGUGACUUCGCACAUGAAUCCGGAAAAAAUGCGACAGCAAGCUGAGGAGCAGAGGCGAAAACGAGAAAAUAAUUACAAACGAUAUUUAGAGAAUCGAAGGUUGUACGAAACCCAGAGAUCUGGUGGAUACGCGAAGCGAACUUAUCAUUAUGGGAGGUCAGGGGAUGACCAGGAUGAAGAGGACCAAGUUUGAUGAUGAAAAUUGUCACCUCGAGCAAGAAAUUUGAUCGUACGUGCUAGUCCAAUAACCACGGAGUUGCAUUGGUACAAAAAAAAGAGGUUUUCUGACCUAGUGGGGGAAAAAAAACCACAAUUUUUGUAUCGUUACUUUACGAAUUUAAUUUAUAAUUUCGUAUAAGAGAUGCUUUCUUUACUAGGGUGGCUAAAAAAAGCUUGAGAAUUGUAUUUAUUUUAUUUCCUUAAAUAAGAUAAACAUUUUAUUUACAAAAAAAAAAAACGACUUGAGGGAUCCCUAAAUUUUUUUUUUCAUUGCAUUGACGUAGAGAUUGUGGGUUUUUUUUUCUUUGUUAAGUGAGAAAAUUUUGCGAACGACGAGUAAUUAACUAUUAAAAAUUAAGAUUUAGAAAUGCAUUUAGUAUUAUUUAAAAUUAAAGGCAUAAGAUUAGGAGUUUGAAAUCAUAAAAAAACGUGUGUACGUUGACUUUCGAAUUAAUUAUGAGUCGAGUGAGUAAAUAUUUUUGGUUUUGUCGUGCGUUGUAUCAAUUCUAAUUCCGUGUAAGAUCAUCACUACAUAAAUAAUGUACAUUGUCAUAAAUGUAACGAGUGUCAGGUUUUAAUUGUGCUGACCUUCCAGCAAUUCAGGGAUUUUUCGAUGUUUCUUAUCGGGAAAUAUAUCUGUUUUGUUCAUAUUGCAGAUAGUACAUAAAAUCAUGAUAUAAUUUAAUAAAGUACUUUUAAAAAUUUAAAU